AUGAAGGAUGAGUUCUCCUUCAUGGAUAUUAAAUUGGAAAUCUCCUCCUCGGACGAGGAGGGCGCGGGCUCGCAGAGGCGCAGUGCCUGCCGCUUGCCCGAGGUGCUGCCGCCCGCGAGGGCCGCGUGCGGCCGCGAGGGCGUCGAAGGGCUUUGCUCCCUACUGGUGCCCGAUCUGCCGAUCCCGGAGCUCGAGGAGAGCCUGGGCCCCGCGCGGGAGGGCAGCGGCCCGGCCGAGGUCGGGAGGAUGGAGAGCGAGGAGUGGUGGCCCUGCGUGCAGCCCAGCGCCCUGCUGCUCGAGGGCGACACCGGGAGCGCCCCCGGCGGCGGCGGCACCAAGACCUCCCCGAGGAGCGAGCCCCAAGGAAGAGGGAGAAGAGCCGGCAAGAGAAAGAGAUCUGCCCCGUCUGACCUGGAGCCGCCGGGAAGAGCGGAGGCUACAGGGAAGAGGGGAGGGUGUCCCAUGGCGGGAUCCGGGGAGAUGGGGACGCCGGAGAAAAAGAAGAGGAGAAGCGUGGGCAGGAAUGGCAAGGCGGCCGCGGGCAAAGCGAAGCUCCGAAGCCCGCGAAAGGCAGGCAGCUCUUCCAUGGAGGAACCACCGGCACCCGGCGGAGGAGCAGGGCCUCUGAGCGGGGACUCCUUCCCGCUGCCGAGUCCGAGCAGCCAGGAGCAGCCAGGAAUGCGAGGGAAGAGGCAGAAGCGAGCCAGGAUAGAGCAGCCGCGGAGCUCAGACCUCCAGGAAGGAGCAGCAAAGGAAAAAGGGAAAGAGCAAGACUCAGGUUCACAGGCUGUGAAGGAGCUCAAGACAAACUUAAAUAGAUCAGAAGGUUCCACAGAGAAGAAACCUUAUUCCUCUGAAUCUCCUGAAAUUGCCACAUUGGAUGGGACUGAAGGCAAGGAAUAUCUAUGCCAUUCUUCGGCAAGGAAGUCUAGUGUACAGUGUAAAAAAAGAAAAAAAGGAACUGAUCAAAUAAAGUCUUCACAAAGCUUUGGCGUAAGCACAGCUGAAAAAGCGAAAAAUACGUCAACAACAUAUGAGGCAGAACGUUAUGGGAAGACCCUAACCCGCUGCAACUGCUUGCCACUUGUAACAGAAAAGAAUCCAGUUGUGAGACUGGAGGCCUGCACUUACAUAAACACACUCGUCAAGUCUUCGGUUGACGGGACAACCGGCAGCCUUAAAAUCAGUGGAUUCUUCCACGUGGCCCAAGGUAAGAGGGCUGUUUGUCCUGGUGGUGCUGUAGAGCAGAGGGCUGUAAACAGCAGCACUAAGGGAAUGCAGAGCGGGAGAUCCCCCCUAAAAGGAGGCUUCUUGUCCAGUGAAGAAGAGGAGCAUCAGCACACAGAAGGGUUUUUUUCAUGCCUUAAGGGUGAAAAGAGUAAGUGUGCAAGGGAAAGAAAGUGGAAUACUGGUAGGCGGCCUAGAAAAAAGUUGCAGGUGGCUGAGGAAGCAGCAGUCCAGAAGGAUCCCCAGGACCCGGCCGGCAAGUGCAGCAAGUGUGGGUUAGGAGCAGAGGAGCCAGUUGCCACACCAGACUCCUCAGUGGUCUUUGGCCUAAAUCACCAAGAAGUGACUCUGACCGCUUCAUAUGAUCAUAUGUCAAAUCUUAAUGUUGGAAAAAAUACUUGUAAAACACCAAAUAGAUCAGUCCGCAGAAGAAAAUGCGUCAAAAGUCUUGCACUUGAAGGUUGCUUUGAGGAGGCGCCCGAGCUCCCUACAGUGGCAAAAGGAGAAAAUCCCAGCGGCGUGGCACCACAAGGCAGCACUGCUAGCUCGGGCAGCACGGGGGCAUUAACCCAGGCCUGUCACGUUUCUAGUUGUCAGAAACGUGUGCCAGUUGAAAGAUUGAAUAAAACUAGUAAGAAAUUGAAAUGCUCUACCAGUCAAAGAACAAUACCAAUGACUGGCAAAAACGUUUGGCUUCUGAAAUCGUGUGCAAGGACUUCUGGAUGGUUUUAUAAAGAUCACAGUUCCAAGUCAAAACAAGAAAAACCUCUAAGUUCUGACUUGGAGAAAGCUCCUGAUAAAAGCAGUAUUGAAGCUGUAGGAGAGAACGCUGUGACCAGCAGUUUGAAACAGCUGGAUCUACCUGUGUCACCAGCAGAAAUUAAACAACCUGCACAUAAAAUAGUGGAUCUGAAUACUGAAAGCCUGACUUCAUUUGAAACUCCCGAAUCUUCCUUCACAGAUAUUAAUGGAACUUUGAGAAUAAGUAGCAAUGAAAAUCUGGAAUUGCCUCUUAACACUGGUAGCCUGGAAUCAUCAGUUAACACAGGUAGAAGUUCUAUGGCUUGUAGCCUUGGUGAUGUGCAAGAAGCUAAAGCCACCCUGAACUCUACAACGAAACAAAAAGAUAAAAGUAAAGGAGCUGCAAGAAAGAGAAACCUCUCCAAGACAGUCCAGAAUGGUGCAGCUGCGAGUAACAACAGUAAAAGAAACAUCAGCAAUAAAGCAUCAGUUGCAAAGCAAACACUUUCUGAUUUAAAACUAGUAAAAGUGUUAAACACGGGAAACUUGUCAAAUUUCAAAAUUCCUUUACGCAAAAACAAACCUGAAUCCAGAAAGUUGGAAGCUGCCCUUUCAUUUGAAAGUCCACUAGAAGUGCUGGACAACGCUAGUGUUUCAAAAAGGCAGAAGAGAAGCGAAGAGACUUCUCUGGUCAAUUCUGAGCAGCAGUCUCUCUCUGCAGUGCAUGUUGUUUCAGCUACAGAUUCUGUGAAGAAGAAAGCUGAUGAUGCCUCUGAAGACCUUUCAAAUGAGAUCUCCACCCUUCCUGAACAUAUUUCUUUCUAUCCGCAUGCUGCUGUUGAGAGACCAGAAUCAUCUGGUUCAGAUUCUCAGACUAGAGAAUAUGUACCAAAACCUAAUCUUCCUGAUGAGCCUUGCAGUGCAGUUGGCCACCCUGUUGCACGAGAACUACAUGGUGAUGGCAAAUCAAAGGGGAAUCUUUCACAGCACAGAAGUGAAAGCUUUCCAGAUGUUUUUGAAGCCUACAAAGAAGAUAUUCUCCUGAUUGAUGUGAUCCAGGAUGAUCCUGACCUUUUUGGGACCAGUGAUGAUGAGGCCCCUUCCCUCCCAGACUCUGAAAAUUGUCCUGCAAAGACAUCCUGUAGCGGCACCUUCAUCACAGGAGAAAAGCCAGAAUUUAAGCCUCAGUAUCGUGUCGUUUCAGAAAAUAAAGAUUCAGUAGAUGAUUUUAGAGACAGUACAGUACAAGAAUCUAGACCAUUGAAUGACGCUGAAAAUUCCUGUUGCUUGAUGUUAAAAGCUCAUGAAAUGAAAACCUACAUUUCAUCGAGCGCGAGUAGCCCUUUGGGAGGUGUUACUGAGGACUCCUUUGAAGAUGGACAACUGAGUGAACUAGAUGAACUUUUAAAGGGUUCUGACAUGGAUGAAGAGUUCAGGUUUGCAGAUGGGAUGGCUGGCAUUAAGCAGGAAAAAACAGGUGAAGCUGGCGAAAGCAGUGACUGUAAAUUUAAAGAUGUUUUCAGCUGUGAACUUCAGUCAGGCUUGACAUUGCCUAACCUGAAAGUAACUGUCUCCAGUGAAGGCACAGUGCUGACACCCUGGACAAAUGAUUUCAGGUUUUCAGGAAACAGUUCUUUGCUACCUUUGCAAAAUUACAGAGAUCUUGAACCAUGGAAGACGGACAAAAAUGUAAAAGCUUCCCAUUCAAUGCAUCAGCUCCUGGAGAUGAUUGAGUUGCCUCGUAAAUAUUGCAGACUUUAUUUCAUGACUUUGCGUGGCUGUGAAAGAGCAAAAUGUUGGUUUUGGCAUGUUCCUGAUCAAGGGGAUGAAAAGAUAUGCAUGGCAGUACUUCGGACAUACAUUACAAUUAAUGAAUUAGGCCUUCUACAGCGUGCAACACAAAUAUUUAUAAAGUAUUACAGAGAAGUUAUGCCUGGCGUGGAUUUUGCUUCACAAGUCCUGAACGAUCUUCUCAUUUCUUUACUCAAGAACUGUUUGUUUCAAGAAGUAUUUCAGAUAUUGAAUGUUACUCUACUGAUUAAUAUGCUGCCUGCUGUUGAUGUUCUUCUGAAAAUUUUUGAGUACAUGGCAUCUUUGAAUGUAAAAGAUGCUGUGCCUGCAUUAAUCAGUACGUUUUGUAAGCUUGUUGAUGCUGGUAUGUUUCUUGAGUUUGAACAUUUCAACUUCAUUAUUAAGUUCCUUCACCAAUUGCAAGUUUCCAGUCAGGAAAUAAAUACUAUUCUGAACAUAAAAUCCAGAUUUCAGGAAAAACACUUUAAAAAGAACUGGCACUUUGACUUCAGUUUGGCAAUGACUGAAAUUCAGCAUUGCAAGGAAAAAGGUGAUUGGACCAAGUUGGGAAAUUUGUAUGUCAGUUUGAGAGCUGGCCAUGAACAUUUUGGUGAUCUUAAGAAACUGUCAUUGUUUAUUGCUGAAAUACUAAGCAGAGAUUCUGAGGAAGAAAGACCAGGAGUUCCUUUUUGUGAUUUUGCUGAUGCAGUAAUAAAAAAUUCACAAAGUAAUGAAGCAGACAGAAUUUUCAUUGGAAGAGCUGGAAUAAGUGUAAUGUAUUCUUAUCACAAAGUUCUGCAGUGGAUAAAGGGAAGGAAGGUUUUGGAUAAAAUGCAUGAGCUGAAGAUUUACUUCACAGUCUUGAAAGGACUUAUUGGACCAGAAAAGUCAGCAUCAAGAUGUCAAAUUGUAAAUACUGCUGCAGAAUUUUUCCUUAAAACUGGAAGUUUAGAUGGAGCAACAUGGGUACUGAGAGAGUCAGAGUGGAUCACAAAUGCACCAGUGUGGCCCUGUGGCAAAACGGACAUUCUCCAUCGACAUAAUCUCUUGCGCUCCCUGGUGCACCAGUACUUGAGUAAGAGCUUAUACAGGCAGGCAUUUGAAGUUCUGCAGAACCUACCAGGCUUCCAAAAUUGUUCUGAUGCUGUAGAUGUUCCCUGGUACAGCCGCCUUUUUAACAAGCUGAUAAAUGCCUGCUUUGAGAGCAAGAACCUGGGGAUCUCAUCUUCUGCAAUAGACUUCAUGCUUUCAAAAAAUAUACCUGUUGAUUUUUUUCUGCUUAGAGGAUUAAUCACAAGUUUGGGAAGAAGUUGUUUGUGGAAUAAAGCUAGGACCUAUUACAAGAGUGCUUUAUCAUUGGGUUGCUACCCACUGCUGCAGGGAAAUACAUAUCACAAACUUCUGCCAAUCCCUUCUUACCUGUCUGAAGUGGAGAUGCUGCUGGCCAUUGAAAUAUUCCUUGUUUCAAAUGCUAGUGAUGUUCAAAGUCCAGGUGCUACCAGCCAGACUCUUCAAAUCAUACUGAAAAGAUGUGACGAUCCAAAAGGGCAGAAUAAAGAUGACUAUCAAACAGCAGUGGAGCGACUGAUCCUAGCUGCUCGCUUAUCAGAUCUCUUACAUCUGCCCUAAAAUGGCUGCAGGAGAAUAUGAAAUGGGCUGGAAGGGUCUGGCUUUUUCAGUAGUCAUUGAUUAGUAAAGACUUUUUCUUUUUUUCUAAUGGUUAAAGUAAUCAUUGCUGAAAACAAUAUAAAUCAAUAAAGACAGUUCCCACUGUGUUCAGACUGUGCCUUACUGAUUAACAGCAAGGCUUCAAAUCUCAAGUUGUGUUUAAAUGUUGAUGCUGAUGAUAAUGCAGAUAGUAGCACAAAAAUAGAACAUCUUUUUCUUUUUCCAAGAUGCAGUUGUCCAGAUACAGAUUGUCACAUCAGCUUACAUAGAUGUCUUUAAUGGUAUCAUUAGAUGACAAAAAAACUGUAGCCCGCUAAAUUUCCCUUUUUAUGGAGAAUAUAGCAUUAACUGCUAUUCCUGUUCCAGAAGCUGACUGGUCUGUCUAGUGUUCUUGAGUGAGAGGUUUUCCACCUUGCUCUGGAACCUGGAGAAAUAAUAUUUGCUUCCUUUAAUUUUCCUCACAGCCCAUUGUGAGGAUGUUGUCAUGUGUUGCGCCCCUUCUCAGACUUUCAUUCUCUUACUCCAAGAAAACACUCAGAACAAAAGAACUCCAAAAGAAACCUCUGAAAGUGAGACAUGCCUGACUUAGACAACAGGACACCUUCCUUCACAGAGCUGAGCCAGUCCAUGCACAGAGGUCAGAGUGCAAGGAGUCGCUGUGUCUUGAUGAGAGUUCAGGUACUGCUUCACAUUUUUGUAUUUAUCUCCCCUUCCACUGAAAAGGAGAAGUUUCUCUUCCCUUUCACAGUCCUCCUGGAGAGAUAGCUUCUACCUUUGCAUCUCUGGCAUUACCACUGUUUAGUUUUGGUCAGCUGCAUGAUGCGAUGGAAACUUGUGGCAGCCUUUUCCUUUUGCCUGCUUCUUCAUGAAAACCUCUCUUCUACAUGCAAGCCCUUAAUCAUAUUUUGGGCAGUCAUUUCUUAAGUUGCUCUUCAUCUACCGAGCUGCAGCCCGAGUAGGUUUUUCAGGUUAGAAACUUCUUACAGAAAAUCAAAUUUGAUACUUACCCAACAAACUCUGCACUUCUCUAAUGCUCGUUGACAUCUCCAGUAUCAAUCUUCACAAACAUGAUUAUGACAGAGGAUAUGGACCUGUCUGUCUCACCAAAGGUUUUUUUUGUGCUGAGAAUUUCUACUGUCUUGGGUGUGGAAGCCCAUGGGUCUUUGGAUUUGUUCCUUUGGCAGUGGCCCCCAAUGGUGGCCUCAAUCCUGAGUGCUUGAAAAAUCCUCUUCUUCUCAGAGGUGGAACAGGCCUCUACUCAGUUCUAGCAGCAUUACUGUGGGUGGCCUUGCUGCUUCUGAAGGCCAUCGUGGUCUUAGUGCUAGAUGGUUGGCAGGGAGACUGCAGGAUUUUGCUGUUUUGUUUGCUCGUUUUUGUCGCUGUCGUGUUCAAGUCUGUCAUUAAUCCAGUUCCAGCUGGCCCAUUUUUAACAACCAUUGCCGUGGGUGGCACUGCAUCGUCUCACUACCAGAGAGCACCGUGUGGAAGCAGAGAGCUUUCUGCUGUGUUCCUGCUCUCCUUGCUCAAAAGAUUUAGCUGAUACGGAAUAAUUUCCCUCUCAGGAGGUUAUGCAAAACCACCACACUUCAAACACAAAGAAUUUUCAAGGGAAGCUACUUUGAUACAGCUCUUGAUGCCUUUUUCAGGUUCACCCUCCAGUCAAAACCAGCAGGUCUGCAGCUGUUGGAUCCCGUAUCUUCAGUUGGUAUCACAGUUCUACCAGUCUUUCUGGGAGCUGCUGAUUAAGAGGAAGGGGUCAUUUUGAAGUUGUUGACCACUAAGAUCAUUGCCUUCCUCCUGCCCCAUCUAUUUAGAUAAGAACAGAUACGAAAA